AUGCCGACUGAUACAACAGAAAAUUCAACUUCAUCAAUAUCUAUGACCACAGUUAACGAUAGUAAUAACAAUGGGUCAUCAUUAAUAACAACAACUGCGAAUCAUACACCAUCGCCUCCGCUAUCGUCUUCUCUUCCGACACAAACAUUAACAACUAAUCGAUCAAUUUCCCCGACACAAAUACCAUCUAGACAAUUAGAUAAAUUACGAUGUUUUCUUAGUACAUUAUAUUAUUUCGGUUCAGAUAUAUCGAAUGACAUAGGUGAACAUGUUCGAGCAUUGAUAUUAGCUCUUGUUAAUAGCGCUUUAUCGGUCGAAGAAUUUCAUGGUAAACUUCAAGCAACAACCAAUUUUCCAUUACGACCAUUUGCAUUACCAUUUUUAAAAUCCACAUUACCUCUUUUACAAACAGAUCUUUUACAAUUAGCACGUCAAUCAAGACAAUCAACAAGUCAAUUUAUUGCACAACAUGAAGAGUUAAUAUUCUUAUCACGUGAUGCACUUGAAAAUGAGUCAAAUCCAGCAAAAGAGCAAUUAAAUGAAAAUGGCAAAAGAAAAUUAUCCAACGAUUCAAAUGAACUCGAUGAACGUUCUUAUGCAACUAAACGUCCAUCAGUUAAUCACCGUACAAAUACAACAUCAAUACGUGAUAAAGAACGUGCAUUUAGUUCGUAUCUACGUGAAUAUACAAUGGAGUUAAAAGAUACUGAAGACGAUUGGAAACAUGCAGAAAAUAUGUUAAAUUAUAUACUUGAAAUGGUAACGAAAAGUAAAAGAGUUUUAUUUAUGUUACAACAAAAAGAUAUCCAUCUGCGUCGUCUCAUUGAAAGUACUGAUCUUGAAUGGAGACGAAGACAUGCCGAAUUAGUAGCACAAACCGAUGAUCGUAUUGCUGAUGUACGUCGAAAAGCAGAAGAAACUGUGUUAGAAAUCAAACGUCAAUCAAUAAUCGAUUUACAAAAAGCUAUAUCACAAACCGAACAAAAGUCCAAUGAAACUUUACUGCGAGAACGUGAACAAUAUCAAAGAUUAAAAGCUCACAAAUUCGAAGAAGCAUAUGCAUUACUCAACCGACAAGAAGAUGGGCCAGAACAUUGUUGGAAUUGUGGUCGCAAAGCAAUUGAAGCAUGCUCUGGUUGUAAUAUAGCACGCUACUGCGGACAAUAUUGUCAACAUCGUGAUUGGGAUUUACAUAAAAAGUUAUGUGGACCUGAUUUAAAACGAAGAUUCAAUGAUAAUUCGCGCUUAUUUUGUCAUUCUAUACCGAAAACAAUUUCUUUAAAUCAACAUAACGAUGAAUCAAUAGCGAGAACAACCGAUAAUGUAUUGAUACCACCGAUGAUACGUAAUGAUAAUGAAAAAUCAGAAAGUGAAAAUGACCACGUCACUAUAGUAAAAACUGAAAGUAGUUGA